CUCUAGCUAUCCGGUGCACUUAACAAAAUGUUAAGUACUGGGUUUGAGUCGGUCCAAGCUAGCACUAUAGUAUAACGUACGAUGGUCAUCAGUCAUCACGCCAUAUAUAUAUUACACACACUGCACCCAUGUUAUGUGUAUAUUAUGUGCAGUUCCUGCCCGCCAUUCGCCUCGCCUAUAUAUAAAUAUGCGUAUCGAUGUGCCUCCCCAUUUCUUGGCAUCCACUCAAUCUUUAUAUUUUUCACAGAUUAAUUCAAGCAGCUAAGCUAGCCAUGAGCAUGAACAACAUGAAGAGCAACAGCAGCACGGGUGUCGGUCGCCUGAUGACGAUGAUGAUAUUCAUCACAGUCCAUUUGCUGCUGCAGCAGCAGUACUGUUUGGGCGGUGCACAGCAGCUGGUGCAGGUGCCGGCGGUGUUCGUGCUGGGGGACUCCACGCUGGACGUGGGCAACAACAACUACCUCCCCGGCAAGGAUGUGUUCAGGGCCAACAAGCCAUACAACGGCAUCGACUACCCUGCCUCCAUCCCUACCGGACGCUUCAGCAAUGGCUACAACCUCGCCGACUAUCUCGCAAUGAAGCUGGGGUUCAAGGAGAGCCCUCCGGCUUAUCUGUCGCUGCUGCAGGGGCCAGGGCCACUGCCCAAUCUCACCCUUGCCAUCAAUGCUCUCUCCAGAGGUGUCAACUUCGCUUCCGGAGGAGCCGGCGUUCUCGACUCCACUUACGCAGGAAGAUGCAUCCCGCUGUCGACGCAGGUGCGGAGCAUGGAGGCGACGAGGGCGGCGAUGGUGGCCAAGGUGGGCAGCCCCGCCGCCGUGAGCGCGCACAUCGCCCGCUCCUUCUUCCUCCUGGGCGUCGCCAACAACGACAUGUUCGUCUUCGCCACGGCGCAGCAGCAGCGGAACAGGUCUGCCACGCCGGCCGAGGUCGCCGCCUUCUACACCGACCUCGUCGGAAAAUACUCCGACGCCAUCAUGGAGCUGUACGGGAUGGGGGCGAGGAAGUUUGGGGUGAUCAACGUGGGGCUGGUGGGGUGCGUGCCCCUGGUGCGGGCGAUGAGCCCCACCGGAGCCUGCAGCGACGACCUCAACCGCCUCGCCGCCGGCUUCGAUGACGCCCUCGCCUCCCUCCUCUCUGGCCUCGCCGCCCGCCUGCCGGCCUUCUCCUACUCCCUCGCCGACGCCCAGGCCAUCGCACGGCUCGCCUUCGCCGACCCCAUGGCCUCUGGUGGGUACACGAACGUUGACGAGGCGUGCUGCGGGAGCGGGAGGCUGCGAGCGGAGGCGGACUGCCAGGUGGGGUCCAUGCUGUGCAGCGACCGGGACAAGUGGGCCUUCUGGGACCGCGUCCACCCGUCGCAGCGGGCCUGCUUUCUCAGCGCCGCGGCCUACUACGACGGCCCGGCCCAACUAACCAAGCCCAUCAACUUCAAACACCUAGCCUCAACCUAGCAAUUUCGAUUUUGUAUACAUCGUCGUGUAUUUAUUUAUGUCUGCAAUAAGCCAGCCAGCAGCUGGCUGUGACGGCAGCUAUACAUAUAAAUAUAUACAUAGAAUUUUUUAUUCAAACAAAAUAGCAUGCACGUACACAUGAUUAGUAGACAAAAUUAUGAUAUAUUCUCUUCAUAGUUUAAUACAUGCCGCUGUUAAUUUUUUUGUCAUGUUUGACUGUUUGU